UUCACCGAGACGCAGCGCCAGCGAUUAAAAACCAAAAUAAAAAAAAAAGAACAACACGUUUUUCUUUUCUUUUUUUUUUUCUCAUUAUCAAUUGUUAAUUUAGCAACUAACACGUGAGACAUCAUAAAAAUAAAAUAAAAAAAAAAUACUCAACAGUCAACCCCAACAAUUGACGUCUCUGAUUUUUUCGAUAAAAAAAAAUCAAAUGUCAAACAAUUAAAAUGAUUAAAAGUAUAAUUGCCGGUGCAUUCACCAACACAAACAAUGAUGUAUCAUCAUUGUUAAACAAUUUAAGUAAAAAAUCAAAACUUGAAGAAUUUCAAAAUGAAUUUCUAUUACAAUUAUCAAAUAUAUCAUUGUCAACAAUUGAAAAUAAACUUGUUGAAGUAUCACUUGAAUCAGCAGCAUUAUUUGUCGUACAAUCAACAUUAUCAAAUAAACAAGAAUCACGUUUAUUUCUAUCAAAUAUAUUUAAUUUUAUAUGUGAAAAACAUGAGAAUAAAAGCUCAUUAUUUAUAUCAAGGUUAUAUUAUUUUUUAAAUUUAAUAAUAAAAAAUAGAUGGAAAUUAAAUGCUCAUAUAUUUGAUGCUGAUUAUAAUGAUUAUUGGGAUAAAAUAAUUGACACAAUGUUUAAUCGAAUAACUGAUUCAUCAAUUAAAAUUCGUAUUGGAGCAAUUUGUGUACUUGGUUGGUUUCAAAAUCUCAGAAGUAAUGAUUGUAAAAUACUUGACACAUAUAUAAAAUAUUUAUCAAAUGAUUCAAGUCCAGAAGUAAGAAAAGCCAUUAUAAAUAAUAUUGGAAUUAAUGAUAAAUCAAUAAAAGCAUUAUUAAAAAAAAUACAUGAUAAAAAUGAAUCAGUACGUACAACAGCUUAUAUUUUUUUUUGUUUAGAACAAUUAAAUUUAGAUUAUUUAACACUUGAAGAACGUCAAGAUAUAUUAAAUAAUGGUCUACAAGAAUCAAAUGAAAUAAUAAGUAUUAUUAAAACAAAGCUAUUACCAACAUGGCUUAAAUUUUAUAACAAUAAUAUUCUAAAUUUAUUAAGUCAUUUAGAUGUUAAAAAUAAUACAGAUAAUUGUAUUAAAAUAUUAGAUAUAUUAUUUCAAAAAACAGAUAUUAAAACAUUGACAAAUGAGUUGCCAUUACAUAAAAAUGUCAUACAAAUUGAUAAAUUAACAUGUAAUAAUAUUGUUUAUUGGUAUUGUUUUGUAAAACAUUGUGAAACAAUGUCAAAUGUAAUAUCUGUUGAUAAAGUAUUACCACGUACUAGAAGAUUUACAUGUUACAUACAGCAUUUUAUUAAUAUGACAAGUCCACAAAUGAAUAAUGAUCAAAAUAAUCCAUUUAUAUUUAUACUAAGAAAACUAUUUGAAAUGAUUGAAUAUAUUGUUAAAAUUGACACUGAUAAUGGUGAUAUAUUUUUAAAAAAUUUAAUUGAAUAUACACUAUUAUGUGGCUAUGUUUAUGAUGAUAAAAUUAUUGAAUUAGCAACAAUGUAUUAUGCUAAAAUUGUACCUGAUGUUACAUCAAGAAUUAAUUUAUUAUCAUUGUUUAUUAAAAUAAUAAAAUAUCCAAUACAACAACAACAACAACAACAUGAUGAUAAUAUUAAAAUAAUGAAAAAAUGUUUAAAUAUUAUUAAUGGAAUUAUUAAAAAAAUACCAGAUAAUACAAUGACAACAGAACUUGAAUUAUUAUAUCGUACUGUUGUGUUGGAUAGUUUUGAAAAUAAUGAUUAUGAUUUACAAUUAUCAGCAUUAAAAACAAUUGGUUUAUUUUUAAUAUCAAAUGGUGAAUUUGCUAAAAAAUAUAUUAAAAAAAUUUAUAAUGUUUUAUUAUUGUCAAGUGAUUAUCCAUCUGAUAAAUGGAUUAUGGCAUUAAAUAUAAUAUUUGAUUUAUUUUUAAAAUUUGGUCUUGAUUAUUUUGAUGUUAAAUAUACUGAUGAUGAUGUCAUGUUGAUUAAUAAUACACCAUGGUUUAUUGAAGAAAUACAUUCACAUAUAUUGAAUAAUCAAAUUAUAAAAUUGUUGAUUAAAUUAAUUGAUUACAAUAAAAUACCAGAAAUUGAAAAUAUUGUUAUUGAUGGAUUUUGGAAAUUAAUUAAUAAUGAUGUGGUGACAAAUAAUCAUCUUAUAAGACGUAUUCUCAACAAGGAUGUACAAAUAAUACAUGAAGAAAAUAUAAUUUUUGUUGAUGAUAAAAGAAGAAUUAAAAAUGAAAUUGUCACUGAUAUUGUUGAUGAUAAUAAUGAUGUUUAUGAUCAGGUUACAAGUACAAAUAUCAUUGAUGAAAAACCAGUAAUUAUUGAUGAUCAAUUGGUAAUUGAAGAUAGUAAUGAUUUAAAUAUUUUAACACCCAAUGAUCCAUUAAUUGAAAGUCCAAUUGAAGAGUUUUUGGAUCAAGAUGAUUCAGAUGUUUUAUGGCAAGGAUCAAUGCGAAUGACUGAUAUUGCUGAAUCAUCAGUGACAAUUGAUGGAUUUGAUGAAGCAAGUGAUAAUAUUUUGCUGAAAAAUUUAUCAAAUAUUUUGAAUAUUAAUAGUGAAAUUUGUCACAGAUUUGUUUGGUCGUAUUUAACAAAAUUAUUAAAAAUUAAUUCAAAUAAUAUUCAUGUGUUUAAAAUAACAGCAACAAAUGACGAAGAAAAAUUAUCAUAUAUUACAUUGUGGAGUUAUUUUAAUCGACGUAGAAAAAUUGGUUUUAUUCAUGAUGCAUUGGAUAAUCAUGAUUUUUUUAUAAUUUCAUCAGCAAGUAAGAAAAAAAAUUUACCCAAAUUUUUGGGAUCAUUGGUACAAGAAUUUUUGGAUAAUUGUGAUGAUAGAUAUCUCCUUUUGGGAAUAAUGUGUGAGAGAAAUAGUCAAGUUGUUUUAGCUGGUCCAAAAUUACUAAUAGGAGAUCAUGGAAAAUUUAAUAAUACAAAUUAUGUUGAAGAUAGAUUUAGUACUUCGAGUUACUUGGAAAAUAUUGAUUCACCAAAUAAUGAGAAAUUGCAAAAUUCAAAAAAACGAAAUUUACAAUCGACAAAUUGUGAUCAUGAAAGAAAUAAAAUUUCUGAAAACAAAAAUGGCACGUUUCAAAAUCCUUAUGGAAUCAGAACAUCAUUAAAAAAAAUACGAACCAAAUAAAUUUGUUGAAUUACAUGUAAUUCAUAUAUAAUUUUAAACAUGUAUUUUAUAUUUGAUAAUAUUCAUUUAAGUUUUUAUAAUUAUAUUUCUUGUAUUAUUUAGUUUUUUCAUUAACAAAAAUGGUUAAAAAAUUAUAGUUUUAAUGACUGAUGACUGAAAUGAUUUGAGUAUCAAAAAAAAGCUGUUGACUGUGUUAAAAAAACAUAAAUUUGACGAGAAAAAAAAAAACAACAACAGAUUAAUUAUGCUUUUAAAACGUGAGAUAAAUUAUUAAAUAAACAAUUAUACUAAAUUUUCAUAUUUAUGUAAUAAAAAAAUGAUUGUUAUAUUAUUAAAUUAUCAUUGUAAUUGAAAAUAUAAAAUAAAUAAUAUCUUCAAG